UUACAUUAAUUGUUUAUUUGCUAAAAAAAUCUAUUUUUCCUUCAUUAGUUUCUUUUUCAAUCCAUCACAAACCAAAAUUGACCGCGCAAAAUAGCAAAAGUGAUCAAAAAGUGCUUUAGAAAAAAAAAACUAUUAAAAGUUUAAAAUUAAACAGAACUUAUGCAAGAAAUAUUUUAUUAUUAGUGCAUUUCUAUUGAUUUAUUUCGAGCAUUUUUGCUAAAGACAUUUAUUAGAGAAACAUUAUUAUAAAACAAUAAAGGCACAAUUAAGCUGGAUCUGCAUUGACUCACACACAUGAAAUUUGCACAAAAAGUACUCAAUCUGUGAUUUCGUCUGGUUUCACAAAAAAAUUAAAACAUUCUAAAAAAAUAUUACGUAAAAAUAUAAUAUAAAAAAUUGUAUACGUAAAACUUUUUUAUAUAUGAUAAAUUAAAAAAGAAAAAAAUUGAACCUGAACUUAAAAAAUACAAAAAAAAAACAGUGUACUUAAACAAAGAAAAUAAUAAUAAUAAUUAUUAUUAUUACUGAAUAUUAAAAUAAAAGAAAAACAAAUAAAAAUAUGUAUAAAAGUGCCCAUUAACCUUUUGUUAUUAUACAUCUAUAAUAAAAGUUAUUAUUAUUAAUAUAAUAUUCAUUUUGCAAUUGAAACUUACAAACUUGCAUUAAAAAAAAAUAAAAUAAAAAUUAAGUGACGCAAAAAGUUCAAAAGUUACGUUUUUAAUAUUAAAACAAUUGAAAGCAAUUGUGACAACAAUACGAAUCGCGUCAUGUUAGUUCCGGGACAUUUAGUGUCACUUUAUGUGGCAACUUGCGGUGCUUCAGGCCCCAAUUUGGGAUCUGACGAAAAGGAAAUUAUCUUGCUGGUUUACACAAUUAUUGAUGUACAAACAUCGAGGAUCGUUGGCUACAAACAAUACCUCGUUCGACCAUUGGGUCAAUUGGGCAAAGAUCAUCCGCCAAACACAACCACAUCGCUGAACAACAACGCUGGCGAAAACGAAGAAUGCAACGAGCUAACAUCACACAUCACAGACGCGCUAUUACAAAAAGCAGGAAAACCACUCAAUGAAGUAAUUGAUGAAUUCGAUUCAUACACACGCUCUCUGUCAAUUGACCCCACAAGUUCAAAUUUCCGUCUCGUUACCGACGGCCAACUACCAUUAAGACAAUGCUUGCAUCCAGAAGCAUGUGCCAAAGAGAUUGAUCUUCCCUCGUAUUACUGGAGAUUUUGUGAUUUACGAAAAGAAUUCGUUAGUUUUAAGUCGGGCGACUUGUCGAAAGCGUUGGUGCCGGCAGCCGAUGCAACGAAACUCAUCAACAUGCCAAAUUUGCCAGCGACGCCGAACAGUAUUGCGGAAAUGUUGGGCGACCUUGAUUUGGAUAUAAAUGCUCUCCAAGACGCCGAUCGGGAAGUCUAUGUCGCCGAAUCACGUGAUAUGGUUACAGUCAUUCAAUCGCUAUUAAGAGCAGGUCACAAAUUCGAAACAAAUGAAGUUGUAAAUUUAACAUUGGAGCCGGGAAUUUGUUCAAUAGAUGACGAAAUCGACGGAACCUGCAUUGUAAGAGCUCGGGGACUUCCAUGGCAAAGUAGUGACCAAGACAUUGCUCGAUUUUUUCGUGGACUUAAUGUUGCCAAGGGUGGCGUAGCUUUGUGCUUAUCUCCGCAAGGUCGUCGAAACGGUGAAGCUCUCGUUAGAUUUGUGUCGCAAGAACAUCGCGAUAUGGCUUUGAAACGUCACAGAAAUCACAUCGGCAAUCGUUAUAUCGAAGUUUAUCGCGCGACGGGCGAUGAUUUUCUCUCGGUAGCUGGCGGUGCAUCGGGCGAAGCGCAAGCUUUCCUCUCAAAAGGUGCUCAAGUUAUCAUUCGUAUGCGUGGAUUGCCUUAUGAUUGCACGGCGAAACAAGUAUUGGAAUUUUUCGAUUCCGGCGAAAACGCAUGCAAAGUAUUAGACGACGCAGAUGGCGUCUUAUUUGUCAAAAAACCCGAUGGUCGAGCCACAGGAGAUGCAUUUGUAUUAUUUGCCGAUGAAAGUGACGCGACAAAGGCAAUUUCCAAACAUCGAGAAUCCAUAGGACAACGAUACAUAGAAUUAUUUAGAUCGACAACAGCUGAAGUGCAACAAGUUCUUAAUCGCUCGAUGGAUCCAAAAACGUACGAGCCGCAUCAACCUCCAUUAAUUGCUCAAUUGCCCCAAAUUCCUCAAAUGACGCAGAUGCCCAUUGUGCCUCAACAUGUCAUCACAAGCGGCACUGAACGAACAUGCAUUCGAUUGCGCGGGCUUCCAUACGAAGCGCAAGUCGAUCAUAUUUUGGACUUUUUGGAGGAAUUUGGAAGUCAAGUCGCGAGACAAGGCGUUCAUUUGGUUUAUAAUGCGCAGGGUCAAUUAACUGGCGAGGCGUUCAUUCAAAUGUUAUCGGAGCAAGCAGCUCAUAUGUGCGCACAACAAAGGCACAAUCGCUUCAUGACGUACGGCAAGAAACAACGCUACAUCGAAGUCUUCCAGUGCAGCGGCGACGACAUGAACAUCGUCUUGCACGGUCUUCCCUUCCAACCGAAUCCCGCCCGUUUGCCGAAAUCGCCGUUACUAUCUCCGGGCGGAACAGUUUUAGCUCCCCCAUUCGCUGGAUAUGGUCCAAUUCCCGCAUAUGGCUGUAAUCCAAUCAACGGUAUGACAAAUAAGCCAGAUCCGAGAUGCCCAACUAUCAUUAAUGAUCACAUGGUACAUUUGCAUCCUGCUUUUUAUCCGCAACCCAUUUUGUAUUGGGGAUAUCCAAGUCCUCCAGUUUCGCCGACAACGUAUUAUGGACCUCCGCCUCCGUCAGCUCAUUUGUCCCCGCCUAAUGUUCAGCCCACGCAUCAAUCGGCAAUGCUUCCAACAAACGCUCCCCCAACGGCAACCCAAUUAAUUCCCACCCAAGCAUCUCCGCAAUCGCAGCCGCAAGUGCAACAAACACAACCCAUGGUAAUCGAUCAUCCGCCUUCGUCUCCGCCUACCGUAAUUUCGACGCCUGCUCAAACGCCAACAACGCUCACAAUCCCAAACGGCGUAAUGCAUUCGCCCACGCAUGUCCAUAAUUCGCCAACGACACAUCAUCCGAUCCCGUAUCCGGCGCCGCAUCAUCAUCAUCAUCACCAUCAUCAUCCUUUUAUUGUCGAUACAACGGCGGGACAUGACAAAAUGCCACGCGUCAUAACUCCCAUUGCCCCUGCUCAAAAUCAAUAUGUUGAACUUUUUAUCGUUUAAAUCGUUGUUUUUUCUUUAAUUUUAUGAAAACUUGUAAUUAUAGUGCAAUAUUAGAACACAAAUGGCAAGCAAUCAAUCAAAAUGCAAUAAUAAUUUAUACAAAUAGCAAUAAUUAGCAGAAAUAUUGUUGAACAAGUAAAAAAAAUCUCAAAGGUUGUGUAAAUUUUUUUUUUAAUUAAACAUAUAUACUUUUUUAUAUAACUUAUACAUGCAUAACAUAUAUAUUUAAUAUUUUUAGCUCCAUUAGUAAAUAAUUAAGUUCAGACAGCUAAGAAUACAAAGUCAAUUUUAAUUCUGACAGCAGCAACAGUGUCACAAAUGUCUUCCAUUAUAAACUUAUGAUAAUCGUAAUUGUGUCAAAAUAGUUUUAACCUUAAUUUUAAACAUAUAUCAUAUAUAUAUUAUAUUAUAUAGUCUUUCAUUUCUUUAAUUUUCAUUUAAUUCUUUAAUCAUUUUAGAAGAAAAUUAUUGAAUUUAGAAAAAAACUUCUUUAAUGUCUCUUUAACAUUAAUUUGAG